AUGCAGAGGAAAGUCAUUGAUGAUAAUCUCUGUGAGCAGUGCAAAGACCAAAGAGAGGACGUGGUCCAUGCACUAUAUCACUGUCCAAAGCUGCGUGAACUGUGGGCAGAUGUGCAACUCUGGAAUCAUAGUUGCCUGAAGCAGGCGACAUCUUUUAUUGAUCUAAUUGGUUGUGUUUUUGCAGAUAACAGGGACCCAACACUCUUCUCCAUGGUGGCGUGGGCAAUCUGGAACCGGAGAAAUAACCUUCGCCUCGGAAAACCAGCAGCUCCACUCAACGAGCUGAUACCUCAAGCCCAAGAUAGGAUGCGUGAAUUCAAGCUCUACAACUUCUCAACCAUCAUCCCAGUAGGCCGACCACCAACCAGUUGGCAAGCACCGAGCAGCAACAUUUACAAAGUUAAUUUCGAUGGCGCUCAGUUUGUAGUAGAAAAUAGCGCCGGCUUGGGAGUGGUCAUCCGCAACUCAGAGGGCCAAGUCAUGCUCUCUCUUUCGGAAAAAACCCCACUUCCCUUUACAGCUAUCGAAGUGGAAGCAAUGGCAGCAAGGAGGGCUUUGAAGCUAGCACUAGAGACCGGUUUUCAGCAGAUAACCUUGGAAGGGGACUCGCAAAUACUUAUCUCAGCACUAGUAAACAACACUCACUCUCUGUCAAGUUUUGGACACAUACUGAAGGACAUUCAGUUUCUUGCCUCAUGUUUCUCAACAAUUAACUACUCUCAUGUGCGUAGGCAUUGUAAUACUGUAGCUCACUCUUUAGCAAGACGAGCAAUUUAUUUAUCUCAAAUGCAAGUCUGGAUGGAGGAUGUACCACCAGAUAUUCUUCCUGUACUCCAGGCCGAUUUAACUGGCCUCCCUACUAAAUAA